AUGUCUUCCUUGGCGUCUGGAGUGCUCCAAAUUCCCUACGUCCCCGAAGGAUUAGAGCGCUAUAUGCACCUCGUCCCUGACAUUGUCGGGCCUCGUGCUGACUAUCGCAAACAGUACAGCCUUCCCACCCAAUAUGCAAAGCGUCCAGGGUACAACCAAACAGGGAAAGCGGUUACGGCCAACCUCAACGCAUUCAAAGUCCAACAGUAUCCCACGGUGAAAGUCUUCCAAUACGAUGUCAUCGUCGGCAAUGGCCAGGAGAAGCGAGUUAUCAACCGCAAAGUGUGGAAUUCACAAGCUCGAAAGAACGCUACUGGGCCGCCCGUCAUCUUCGAUGGCAAUCGUCUCGCGUGGUCCUUGCGUGACUACAACGAACUUCGCCUCAUGGUGGAUCUCGAUCAGGAAGAAGGCCGUCCUUCUCGAGAAGGGAGAAAUGCUUUUCGUCUUCUCAUCAAGCGUACUCGUUCACUUGAUAUCAGUCUCGUCCAGCAAUUCCUUGACGGCCGGAUCCAGAUGAACCAGAAUGUCGCAGAGUGCAUCAUUUUCUUGGACCAUCUUCUCCGAGAAAGUCCGUCUUCGUCGCCCCAAUUCAUCACGAUCCGUCGCAGCCUCUUUAGGCGUCAAGGUCAACGUGCCGAUCUGGGUGGUGGCAUCGAGGUCUGGCGCGGUGUCUACCAGUCGAUGCGUCUUGCCGAAGGCAAGAAAAUGAUCAUCAACGUCGAUGUCGCCAACACUUGCUUCUGGAGACCGACUACUUUGACGUCGGCCAUUGUCUCCAAGUGGCGAGAGAUCAAGGACAUCAAUGAUGUCGCAAAUAGAAUGGAGCCUUAUCAGAACAAUGGCCAUCGAGAAUCCAGCGACUUCCACAAGACUCUGGAGAGAGCCUUCAAGGGGGUCGAGGUCAAGGCUGUUUACAAGGGCAAUCCACUCCCUGCCAAGGAGUGGAAGAUCUUUCGUUUCGAUAUCAACAAUGCCAACGAGGAGAUGCUUGAAUGGAAAGAUCCGGCCACGAAGAAACCCACUGGUGAGAUGGUAUCCGUGGCGCACUACUUCAAGCGCAAGUACAACAUCACCUUGCAGUACCCCAGACUCCGCCUGGUAGAGAUGACCAAGAAGGGUGUCAAAUACCCCAUGGAGUUCCUCACCAUCCUUGAGGGUCAACGAUACGGUGCGAAAUUGGAUGAGAUCCAGACUGCCAACAUGAUCAAAUUUGCCGUCUCGCCCCCGAAUGUCCGACUCAAUGCCAUCAACGAAGGCAAGAGCUGGCUGAACUGGGAUGGUGAUGAAUACUUGAAGAAUUACGGCCUUCGCAUCACCCCGACGCCCAUCAAGACCAAUGCACGUAUCCUCCCAGCUCCUGGCAUCAAGUUCGGCAACAAGACUGAGCAGGUCGGUACGCGAGGCCGUUGGGACCUCAAAGCAAAGACUUUCCUCAGUCGCAAUCCGCAGGAGCUUGUCUCUUGGGGUGUUGGCGUCUUCACCGGUCGUCUCAGACCCGAUCGAGCUCAGAUUGACCAGUUUGUUCUCGACUUUGCACGCGCUUAUCGAAACCACGGGGGACAAGUUGCGAAUGCGCCGCCAUAUGUCACAACUCUCAACCAAGAUGUUGGUGCUGCCGUUGCAGCCUUGCAUCAAGCAACCGGCAACAAGUUCAACCGUCGACCGCAGCUUCUCAUUUUCUUGGUUCAAGAUCGCAAUUCUUUCCAUUAUCUUCGUAUCAAGAAGUCUUGCGACUGUCGCUUCGGUGUGGUCUCUCAGGUGAUGCAGAUCCAACAGGUCCUCAAGGGCAACCCUCAAUACUACUCGAAUGUAUUGAUGAAAGUCAAUGCCAAGUUGGGCGGCACUACAUCUCAAGCCGUACCUCACGCGACGAGUGGUUUCAAAACGUUCUCGGUGCCGACAAUGAUCAUUGGGGCUGAUGUCUCGCACGCAUCACCUGGCAGUCAACAGGCGUCGAUGGCGGCUGUGACUGUGUCAUACGAUCGCUUUGGUGGACGGUACGCAGCUGCAUGCCAGACCAACGGCCAUCGAGUCGAAAUGAUCUCAGAGGCCAAUUGGCGCAACAUCUUGCGGCCACUCGUGAGUCAGUGGAUGUCUCAGGUCGGAAACGGCCGGUCUCCUCAACAAGUCUAUUACAUACGCGACGGGGUGUCGACAAAUCAAUUCGAGCAUGUCCUCAAUCAAGAAGUGCCUUGCAUCAAGAAGGUCAUCGAGUCUUGCAUGGAUGGCCACAAAUUUGAGGGUAAAGUCACCGUCAUCGUUGCCAACAAGCGUCACCAUAUCCGUUGCUUCCCUGACAGAGAUGGCGCCGACAACAAGGGCAACCCAGUUCCAGGCAUGUUGAUUGAGAGAGAUGUCACCACUCCCAAUGAGUUUGACUUUUAUCUGUACUCUCACACCGCCUUGCAAGGAACCUCCCGACCUGUUCAUUACUCGGUUCUCCUUGACGAGACCAAUCACCGCCCUGAGCUCAUCCAGAACAUGAUAUACGAGCACUGCUACCAAUACAUGCGCUCGACCACUUCUGUUUCCCUCCACCCAGCGGUUUACUACGCUCACUUGGCCUCCAACCGUGCAAAGGCGCAUGAAGAUCUUCCGGCCACUGCUGGUCCUCAAGGCGGUGCAGGCUUCAAGCAACAGAACCCUAGCAGGAGCUCUGAACCUUCCGACUCCGAGGUCAAGCCUUUGAUGCCUCUUUUCAACGUCAACGGCAUCGUCUUCGCCAUGUGGUACAUCUGA